CACAUAAUAUCUUUCUUCAACUCAAACUCAAAUCGCAGAGCAAAACACCUUUUUGAGCAGCAAAGAAGAAGCAAAGAGUAAAGCUCCGGCGAUGGUAGGCGCGUCGAGAACACGAGCCUCUCUGGUCGUCUCAGCAAUCCUUCUGUUCGGAAGUUUAUUUGCAUUUUCUAUUGCAAAAGAAGAAGCCAACAAGUUGGGUACAGUUAUUGGGAUUGAUCUCGGGACAACUUAUUCAUGUGUUGGUGUUUACAAGAAUGGGCAUGUAGAAAUCAUAGCCAAUGACCAAGGUAACCGCAUCACCCCAUCGUGGGUCGCCUUCACUGAAAGUGAGAGAUUGAUUGGCGAAGCUGCAAAGAAUCAGGCAGCUGUCAAUCAUGAGAGAACCAUCUUUGAUGUCAAACGUCUUAUCGGAAGAAAAUUUGAUGAUAAAGAGGUCCAGAAGGACAUGAAGCAUAUUCCAUACAAGAUUGUUAAUAAGGAUGGAAAACCUUAUAUACAAGUCGAGAUUAAGGACGGGGAGACCAAGGUUUUCAGUCCUGAGGAGAUUAGUGCUAUGAUUUUGACUAAAAUGAAGGAAACAGCUGAAGCAUUCCUUGGAAAGAAGAUCAAGGAUGCUGUUGUUACUGUUCCAGCUUACUUUAACGAUGCCCAGAGGCAGGCUACCAAGGAUGCUGGCAUCAUUGCUGGACUGAAUGUUGCAAGAAUUAUAAAUGAACCCACAGCGGCAGCUAUUGCCUACGGGUUGGACAAGAAAGGUGGUGAGAAGAACAUCCUUGUCUUUGACCUGGGUGGUGGGACAUUUGACGUCAGUAUUUUGACUAUUGACAAUGGUGUUUUUGAGGUUCUUGCCACGAAUGGAGACACUCAUCUGGGAGGUGAGGAUUUUGAUCAGAGAAUCAUGGAAUACUUUAUUAAAUUGAUCAAGAAGAAGCAUGGAAAGGACAUCAGCAAGGACAAUAGAGCUCUUGGGAAGCUGAGGAGAGAAUGUGAGCGUGCGAAGAGAGCCUUGAGUAGCCAGCAUCAGGUCCGUGUGGAGAUUGAAUCUCUGUAUGAUGGUGUGGAUUUCUCUGAACCACUGACUAGAGCACGUUUCGAAGAGUUGAACAAUGAUCUCUUCAGAAAGACAAUGGGGCCUGUUAAGAAGGCCAUGGAAGACGCUGGGUUGGAGAAGCGCCAAAUUGAUGAAAUUGUUCUUGUUGGUGGAAGCACCAGGAUUCCCAAGGUUCAACAGCUUCUGAAGGACUAUUUCGAUGGGAAGGAGCCCAACAAGGGUGUGAACCCAGAUGAGGCAGUUGCUUUCGGCGCUGCUGUACAAGGAGGCAUCUUGAGUGGAGAGGGUGGCGACGAAACCAAAGAUAUCCUUCUCUUGGAUGUGCAACCGCUCACACUCGGUAUCGAAACUGUUGGUGGGGUGAUGACGAAGUUGAUUCCUAGAAACACAGUCAUCCCAUCCAAGAAAUCUCAAGUUUUCACCACGUACCAGGAUCAGCAGACAACUGUCACUAUUCAGGUUUUUGAAGGUGAAAGAAGUAUGACAAAGGACUGCAGGCUGCUUGGGCAAUUUGAUUUGACUGGAAUAGCUCCAGCUCCGAGAGGAACUCCCCAGAUUGAAGUCACAUUUGAAGUUGAUGCCAAUGGUAUUCUAAAUGUCAAGGCUGAAGACAAAGCCUCGGGAAAAGCUGAGAAGAUCACUAUCACCAAUGACAAGGGUCGACUGAGUCAGGAGGAGAUUGAUCGUAUGGUCCAGGAGGCUGAAGAGUUUGCUGAGGAAGACAAGAAGGUUAAAGAGAAGAUUGAUGCCCGAAACAGCCUGGAGACUUAUGUUUAUAACAUGAAGAACCAGAUCAAUGACAAGGACAAGCUUGCAGACAAAUUAGAGUCUGACGAGAAGGAUAAGAUCGACGCAGCUGUUAAAGAGGCCCUCGAGUGGUUGGAUGACAAUCAGAGUGCCGAGAAGGAGGAUUACGAGGAGAAGCUGAAAGAGGUGGAGGCUGUAUGCAACCCAAUCAUUACCUCUGUUUAUCAGAGGUCUGGUGGUGCCCCUGGUGGUGGGUCAGAUGGAUCAGAGUCUGAUGAUGAUUCGCACGAUGAGCUUUAGAAGAAUAGAUGUUCAUAAAUAGCUUUUGGCGGAGGAAGUUGUUGUAUUUUCAUAUUAGAGUUAGUUGCAGGAGGAGAAACAUAUUUUUUUUCCUUUUCAUUUUCUUGGUUUCUUGAAGACACAGAUGGAGCAAUUAAGUAAUUUUUCGAAUGAAGACUUGUAAUUUUUCCGUUCCGGUAAAAGACUGGAACUAAAAUUUGUUUCUCUGAAUUGAUGAUAGUGCGUUAAAUCUCA